AUGAAGAAUCUCCUCUUUGCCGUGCUCUUGGCUUGCGGGCUGCUGCCGGCUCGCGGCAGCGUGUUGGAGCUGGAGCAGAUGAUCAAAUCGACCACGGGGAAAAGCGCCCUGCUCUCCUACAGCUGGUACGGGUGUUUCUGCGGCAUCGGGGGCAGAGGGACCCCGGUGGACUCCACCGACCAGGGCUGCCAUGCCCACGACUGCAUUUGGGGUGCUCCGAGGGGACCCCAUCGCCAAUGGCAGCUGGAAAAGACGCCACAGAACACUGUUUUUUUGCCCCCAGGUAAUGAGCAGAGCUGGUGCAAGAGAGAGACCUGCCUGUGCGACAAGGCGGUGGCUUCGUGCUUCGCGCGCGCUUUGGAUUCCUACAAUAAAUCCUACCGCUUCUAUUUCAAGCUGAAGUGCCGAGGAAAUAAGCUCCAGUGCUGA